AUGGACCGCAUUCGCACCAAGACUGUGAAGAAGGCAGCCCAGGUCAUCAUCGAGAAGUACUACACACACCUGGGUAAUGACUUCCACGCCAACAAGCGCGUGUGCGAGGAGAUCGCCAUUAUCCCCAGCAAGAAACUCCGCAACAAGAUAGCUGGCUAUGUCACGCAUCUGAUGAAGAGGAUUCAGAGAGGUCCUGUAAGAGGUAUCUCUAUCAAGUUGCAGGAAGAAGAGAGAGAAAGGAGAGAUAAUUAUGUUCCUGAGGUCUCAGCCCUGGAUCAGGAGAUCAUUGAGGUAGAUCCUGACACCAAGGAAAUGCUGAAGCUUCUGGACUUCCGCAGCUUCUCUAACCUGCAGUCACUUAGCCUACAGUUGGGAUGAAUUUCAAAACACCACGUGGAGCCAUUUGAAUCUGUUCUGUCAUAUUUUCAAUAAACCUGAAAA